AUGUCUGAACAUCUUACCUUUGGCAUCGAACUAGAAUUUGCCGUAGGCUAUCUCGCACCGUAUGAUAAGACUCCUGAGGAUCUAGGAAACCGAGAGGCCCGGCUUCCCUUUCUUUAUGACUAUAUCAACGAAUUCAAAUGGAGAGAUUCAUGUGAUUUUGAUAAUGUGCUUCGAGACGAUUGCAUAUGCUCUGACAGUGAAAUACCAACAGAUGGGGCUAUGGAGCACAUCGCGGAUACUCUGCGUGAGGCUAACUAUUCCGUCCAAGUUGCUGGCCCUUCAAGUGGUACGUCCCACGAUCUCAGCAAAUGGAUGGUGACAUUCGAUAGCUCGAUUCAUGGACCCGCGAAAGACUGUUCUCGGCCAGGCGAGAUGAUUGGGUCUGGUUACAGAUACUUUGGAAUUGAGCUGGUGUCUCCCGUUCUCAACUUUUCUUCAUCAUCCUUGCAAGCCGUUGCAAAUAUAUGCGAACUGUUGACGAGCAAAUAUGUCAUUAAUACCAAUGAUUCAACAGGCCUACACGUCCAUGUAGGGAAUGGAACGGAUGGUUUUAGCUUUAAUAACAUUCGGAAACUAGUAAGCUUUUUCUGGGCGUUCACGCCGCAAUUGAACACCCUACAUCCACCGGUAAGGCAGUCAAUGAACCAUACCGGGAACACUUGCUAUGGUUCAUUACGCGAAAAUUCUGAGUUUUCAUUAUGGUGUCGGACUGAGUGUACGACUAACCCGUCGAUACUCAAAAAGCUAACCAUACUCCUUGACUGCGUGGACCAAGCUACCCUUCUAAAAAGCAUAGAGAAUUUGUAUUCCGAGGACAGAGGGAUGGCAUAUAACUUCAUGGGAUUGGUAGAAGAAAACGGCAAGCCAACCAUUGAGUUUAGGCAGCACGAGGGGACAAUGGAUGCAGCUGCAGCGACCGCCUGGAUCGAGACUGCUGUCGGAAUAGUUAACUUCUGUCAAAAUGCUUCAGCAAUGUCUCUAAACGUGUUGCUAAAUAUUACCAUGUUCGAGUCCUGGGAGAGGCUUUUUGAUGGGAGGGAUGACGAACGAGAACGUGUGUAUGGCCCGCCGUUGGCUGAGGACGCAUUCACUGUUAUUGAUUUGCUGAAACAUAUCAACCUUCACGGUCCUGCCCAGUUCUACGAAGAACGGGGAUUAUAUGUGCAUAAAAAUCGAGUGACGUUCCGCGAUAUUUACGGAUGCGAUGAAGGCGAUCCGGAGACUGAAGAUACUGAUGACGGGUCUAGAUACGAGCCUAGCAGUGAUGAAACUGAAUCCGAGUGUCCUAUGGUUAUGUCUGAUGGUAGUGAGGAUGGAUCUGGGAGUAAUGAGGGCAGUGAAUAA